AUGGAUUCACCCUUUGAACCCCUCGGCGCCGUCAUGGACCCCGACGAGUUAUUGAAAUGUGAGCACACCAGACACCUAUCUAGAGGCCCCACGUUUGAAAAAGCUGUCGUCGGUGUCUAUUUCCUCAAAAAAAUCUUUACUACCGAAAUAGCUCUCCGGAAACUCAUCCAACGCCGUGCCGCACUCCCGAAUAUAAUCAAAGUCGAAGCCGAUGCAUCAAAGACUCAAGAACUGCGCGAAGAACUCAAUGGUAUUAACAAACAAAUCGAAGACAAACAGGUCACACUCCGCAAUGAAGAGGCUGAUCUGCCAAACUGGAGCAAUGUGCGUUUGAGGGACAGAUACGAUUAUGUGAAAGAGUUUGUCAUGUAUGAGUUUGAAUCUGAGCUUGUUGACGACUGUAAAGCCAGAAACGGAUGCUGCAGUCGUGGUUGUGAGUGUUGCGAGAAGCGCCACUCGAAGUCUCCCAGGGGAUCUGAAGGCACGGGUCACUGCACAUCCGAAUGUGAGUGUUGCGCAGAAACGAAGGGAGUUGAGGUGGAGUGUGAAUAUCCAGACAAUAUGGUGCAUAUUCUACUACGAUUGUUCAAGAAGUUCGGUGUGUGA